AUGGACGUGACCGUGUCGGAGCUCAUGGAGCUCUUCCUGCAGAGCCCGCUGGUGACCUGGGUGAAAACUUUUGGCCCAUUCGAAAGCGGCAGCCAGGACAACCUGACAAUGUACAUGGAUUUAGCGGACGGCAUCUUAUUGAACCAAAUCAUGUUGCAAAUAGAUCCCAGGCCCACAAACCAGCGCAUUAACAAGCACGUCAACAACGAUGUGAAUCUUCGCAUUCAGAACCUGACCAUAUUGGUGAGGAGCAUCAAAACCUACUACCAGGAAGUCCUCCAGCAGCUGAUCGUCAUGAAUCUGCCCAAUGUUUUGAUGAUCGGCAAAGACCCGCUGUCUGGGAAAAGCAUGGAGGAGAUCAAGAAGGUGUUACUGCUGGUGUUGGGCUGUGCCGUCCAGUGUGAGAGGAAAGAGGAAUUCAUUGAAAGGAUCAAAAAGCUGGAUAUUGAGACCCAGGCUGGUAUCGUCGCCCACAUUCAGGAGGUGACCCACAACCAGGAGAAUGUAUUUGACCUGCAGUGGCUGGACCUCCCAGAUGUGGCCCCGGAGGAGUUGGAGGCCCUGUCGAGAAACAUGGUGUUUCACCUCCGGAGGCUCAUUGACGAGCGGGAUGAAUGCUCCGAGCUGAUCGUGGACCUCACUCAGGAGCGGGACUACCUCCAGGCGCAGCACCCGCCCAGCCCUCUCAAGUCCUCCAGCGCCGACUCCACCCCCAGCCCCACCAGCAGCCUCUCCAGCGAAGACAAACAGCACCUGGCGGUAGAGCUGGCCGACACCAAGGCCCGGCUGCGGCGCGUCCGGCAGGAGCUGGAGGAGAAGACGGAGCAGCUUGUGGACACCAGACAUGAAGUUGACCAGUUAGCCCUGGAGCUGCAGAAAGUUAAACAGGAGAACAUCCAGCUGGCCGCUGAUGCCCGGUCUGCACGUGCCUACCGGGACGAGCUGGACUCGCUAAGGGAGAAGGCAAAUCGCGUUGAGCGAUUGGAGAUGGAUCUGGUGCGCUGCCGGGAGAAGCUACACGAUGUGGAUUUCUACAAGGCGCGCAUGGAGGAGCUGAGAGAGGACAAUAUCAUCCUAAUCGAGACCAAAGGCAUGCUGGAGGAGCAGCUGACGGCGGCCCGGGCCCGCGGUGAUAAAGUUCACGAGCUGGAGAAGGAGAACCUGCAGCUGAAAUCUAAGCUACAUGACUUGGAAUUGGACAGGGACACAGACAAGAAGCGGAUCGAGGAGCUGCUGGAAGAGAACAUGGUCCUGGAGAUUGCGCAGAAGCAGAGCAUGAACGAGUCCGUGCACCUGGGCUGGGAGUUGGAGCAGAUGUCCAAGAACGCAGACCUGUCUGACGCCUCUAGGAAGUCAUUUGUGUUUGAGCUGAACGAAUGUGCAUCCAGCCGCAUCCUGAAGCUGGAGAAGGAGAACCAGGGCUUGCAGAGCACCAUCCAGGGCCUGCGGGAUGCGUCCUUGGCACUGGAGGAGAGCGGCCUCAAGUGUGGGGAGCUGGAGAAGGAAAAGCAGCAGCUGGGGAAGAAGGUUGAGAAGUUACAGAGCCAGCUGGAGAGGGAGAAGCAGAGUAACCAGGACCUGGAGACGCUGAGCGAGGAGCUCAUCAGGGAGAAGGAGCAGCUACAGAGCGACAUGGAACUACUGAAGGCGGACCGAGCCAGGCAGAUCAAGGACCUCGAGCAAGACAGAGAUCAUCUCAACCAAGUGGUGUGGACUCUGCGGGAGAGGUCACAGGUCAGCAGUGAGGCCCGCGUGAAGGACGUUGAGAAGGAGAACAGGGUCCUCCAUCAGACAGUGACGGAGACCAGCAGCCAGCUCAGCCAGCUGGAGUUCCAGAAGCAGCAGCUGCAAAGGGACUUGGAGCAAGCGAAGGAGACGGUGGCGCGGGCCGGGGAGCUGGAGAAGGAACUGCGCCGGCUGGAGAAGGAGAAUCAGAGUCUGGCCAAGCAGGCCGCCUCCCUGACGCCCGUCUCUGAGAAGGCCGACGCGCUGGAGCUGGAGAACCGGAAGCUGAGGAAGUCUCUGGAUACCCUGCAGAACGUGCAGACGCAGCUUAAGGGCCUGGAGCGCGACAACAAGCAGCUGGACGAGGCGAACCUGGAGCUGCGGAAGAUGGUGGAGACGCUGCGCUUCACCAGUGCCAAGGUGGCACAGAUGGAGAGGGAGACCCAGGAGCUGCAGCAGGAGAAGGAAGAGCUGCGGAAGAAUGUGGAGCUGCUCAAGGCUCUGGGUAAGAAGUCGGAACGCCUGGAGCUCAGCUACCAGGGAGUGAGCACCGAGAACCUGCGGCUGCAGCAGAGCCUGGAGAGCAGCAGCCAGAAGUCGCAGGCCCUGGAGCGGGAACUCCGGGAGCUGGAGGCAGAGAAUCAGGGCCUGCAGAGAGACCUGGAGACUCUGCGGCUCUCCAGCAAGCAGCUGGAGAGAUCGGAGCAGGACAAGAAGGCCUUGGAGCAGGAGGUGGCCCAGCUGGAGAAGGACAGGAAGUUGCUGGAGAAGGAGACGAAGCGGCUCUGGCAGCAGGUGGAGCUGAAGGAUGCAGUUCUGGACGAGAGCACCAGCAGGCUGUCCGCGGCUGAGAGGGAGAACCGCACACUGGACAAGGAGCUAGCCCGCUGCCGUGAUGCAGCCAGCAAGCUGAAGGAGCUGGAGAAGGACAACAGGGACCUCACCAAGCAGGUCACUAUGCACACGAGGACACUGACAACCCUGAGGGAGGACCUGGUGCUGGAGAAGUUGAGGAGCCAGCAGCUGACCAGUGAACUGGACAAGCUGAGCCGGGAACUGGAGAAGGCCGGCCUCAGCAAAGAGCUACUGCUUCAGGACGAUGGCGCCAACCAUGACACCAAGUACAAGCUUUUGGAGGGCAGAAAUGAAUCCGCAUUAAAAACAACGCUAGCCAUGAAAGAAGAAAAGAUUGUGUUCUUAGAAGCCCAGGUGGAAGAGAAGGAGAGCCUCAAUGACCACUUGCAGAACGAGCUCCGACUGGUGAAACAGGAAUGUGAGCUGCUCAAGCAGGACCAAGGCGAGGGUCGGCAAUUACAGAACUCCUUCAAACACCCCCUGGGGACGCUGACCACCUGUCACCAGAGCAAAGAGACCUGGGGGCCCAGCCACAAGGACACCACCAUGGAGCUGCUCCGCGUAAAGGACCGGGCCAUUGAGCUGGAGCGGAAUAACGCCGCCCUGCAGACCGAGAAGCAGCUGCUCAAGGAGCAAUUACAGCACCUGGAGUCCCAGAACGUGGCCUUCAGCAGUCAGAUCCUGACGCUGCAAAAACAGAGUGCCUUCCUGCAGGAGCACAACACCACGCUGCAGACGCAGACGGCCAAGCUGCAGGUGGAAAAUUCGACGCUGAGCUCCCAGAGCGCCUCGCUGACGGCGCAGUACGCGCUGCUACAGAGCCAGCAGACGGCCCAGGAGACGGAGAACGAGGGCCUGCAGAAACAGCGGGAGCAGCUGGCGGCGGCCUACGAGGCCCUGCUGCAGGACCACGAGCGCUUGGGCGCUCUUCACGAGCACCAGUCCUCAGAGUACGAGGUCCUCAUCCGCCAGCACAGCUGCCUGAAGACGCUGCACCGGAACCUGGAGCUGGAGCACAAGGAGCUCGGGGAGAGGCACAGCGACAUGCUGAAACACAAGGCAGAGUUGGACGAGCUGGAGAAGGUUCUGAAGACCGAGAGGGAGGCUCUACAGCAGGAGCAGAGGACGAACGCCGUGGCAGCGGGCGAGAACCAGAGGCUGCGGGAGGAGCUGGACAGAGUCAGCUUCUUACACCACCAGCUGACGCAGGAGUAUGAAGAGCUGCACUCUCACACCAAGGAGCUGAAAACCUCACUCAACAACUCACAGCUGGAACUGAACCGCUGGCAGGCCCGCUUCGAUGAGCUCAAGGAACAGCACCAGACUUUGGACAUCUCACUGACCAAGCGGGACAACCACUGCGAGCUGCUCUCCCGUCUCAAGGGAAACUUGGAGGAAGAAAACCAUCACCUCUUGAGCCAGAUCCAGCUGUUGAGCCAACAGAACCAGAUGCUUCUGGAGCAGAACAUGGAGAACAAAGAGCAGUACCACGAGGAGCAGAAGCAGUACAUAGACAAAUUAAACGCCUUACGGAGACAUAAGGAAAAAUUGGAAGAAAAAAUCAUGGAUCAGUACAAGUUCUAUGAUCCUGCUCCAAAGAAGAAAAACCACUGGAUUGGAGCCAAAGCCUUAGUCAGACUCAUCAAACCAAAGAAAGAGGGCUCUAGGGAGCGGCUAAAGUCCACCCCAGACAGCCCGUCCUGGCAACCCGAGUCCCCAGACCCCACCUCGCCAUCCGUUUCGCAGCCUCUCAGACCGCAGCCGGAGGCCCUGGAGACCGUCCCGUUGGGGCCAAACUGUGUUGAAGAGCGAGACGCCUCCAAUGGGCCUAUGGGAAAAGGCCCCAGGGAUCCAAAACCAAAGCGGGGGUCCCCACAUGGAGGCAGCCUGGACCGCGCAGAUACCUCCACCGACCCGGCCCUGAAGUCCUGGCCUGCGGAGCUGGACACCCGGACAUCUGCAGCCUCAACCAUCGCAACAACCCCUUCCAGCUCCACCCCCAUUGCCCGGCACCCAGGCCGCACCAAGGGCUCUAAUUCAGAUGACACCCUCUGUGAGCCAUCCCUGGAGCUCGACUUCAGCAACCACAGGCAGUACGUGUCCCGGCCAAGUAGCCUGGAGAGCAGCAGAAAUGCAUCCAGCAAUAGCUCACCUCUGAACCUCAAGGGUUCCUCUGACCAGCUCCACGGCAGGUCCGAGAGCAUCAGCAGUGAAGACCUGAUCCCCAGCAGGGAUGUGGCCAGCACCCCAGGGCGCCCCACCCUCAGCCGCCAUGAGUACCCACCUCCCCGGAACGGGCCACUCCCCCAGGAUGGUGUGCUCCAGAGGAGGGUUGUCGCCCAGCCCCAUGCUGGAGGGCGGCCCUGCUCUGCCUCCCCGAGCAGAGAGAUGGUCACUCUGGAGGAAUUCCUGGAGGAGAGUAACCGCAGCUCUCCAACGCAGGACACACCCAAUUGCCGGGAUGACCUGCUAAGUGACUACUUCCGGAAGGCCAAUGACCCCCCGACCAUCGGAGGCCAGCCAGGAUCUCUGCUCAGGAAAGAUGGCACCAAGAUGCCCACCAGUUUUGUGGCCCCCACUGUCAAGAUGACCAUGAGCACUUCGGAGGGGAGGCUGGCGAAGCCCGGGCAGUACGUGAGGCCAAACUUCAGAGCAGCCGAGGCCGGGGCCCUGGCAAGCCCCUCUCCGAGGCAGGCCCAGCCACCCCAGAGCCUGUCUCUGGGCAGACCCCGGCAGGCCUUGAUGCCCCCGACAGGUCGGAGCACAUCCCUGAGCCGGGCCUUCAGCCUGGCUUCAGCUGAUCUCCUGCGGGCCAGCGGGCCAGAGGCCUGCAAACAGGAAUCCCCUCAGAAACCAGGGCCUCUCGAGGCCUCGGUGGGCGGAGAGGCAGGCUGUCAUCCCCUGCAAAGCCCCACACCCCCCAGCACCCACAGCCUAGGCCGGGAGCGCACCCUGCCUAUGGGAAAGGCCAGCAGCUCCUGUCAGGGUCCUGGGCCCCACAGCCGGCCACUGGACGUGAGACGCUUCUCACUGGCCCCCCCGAAGGCAGAGAGGCUGGCCCCCCUACAGCAGUCGGCUACCACCCUAGCCAUUGGCUCUGGGGGCGGUGAGUGCAGCAGCAUCCAGCGACUCUCGCCUUCGGCAGUCCCUGCUGCCAGGACAAAGCCCAAAACACCCCCACACUCGGGGGAGGUGGCCACCAUCACCCCUGUGCAGACAGGGCGCAGCCUCUCAGAGGGGGAUGCAGCGCAGGGCUACAGCGAGGGGCCCCCUGCCAAGAGCCCAGGACGGUCUCCCGACUCAGCUCCCCUUGCUGGCCAGGCCCCGGAGGACUUCAGCCAAGGGGGCAGCUCUAGGAGCACACCCGUGUCCCCAGAGCCGGGCGGGGACCAGCAGACAGUGUGGUACGAGUAUGGCUGCGUGUGA